CCACAUAUAGAAGUAGAGCGGAUAUCUUCUCGAUUAAAAGAUGAAAUCGAAUUGUACAUUCCACUUGAUUUUGUAAGAAAACCAAGAUCACUGAAAUUUAUCAAGCUGUGGAAGGCCACUGAAUUUAGACAAAUUCUUUUAUACACGGGGCCAGUGGUAUUACGAUCAUUGCGCAGAGAUAUCUAUAACCAUUUCUUGACUUUGCAUGUGGCAGUGAGGAUAAUGAGCGACGCAAAAUAUCACGAAUUACUGGACUAUGCACAAAAACUCAUUGAACAUUUUAUUUUAUCAUUUGGAUUACUGUACGGAGCUCAUAAUGUAUCGGCAAACGUUCACCAAGCUGUGCACCUCAUUUCAUUUGUAAAGAAAUAUGGUCUUAUUCAGCAUUUUAGUGCAUAUAUUUACGAAAACUAUAUGCAAACGUUUAAAAAAAUGCUAAGAAAGCCAAACCAAUCGCUGCAGCAAAUCAUACGAAGAUGUGCUGAAACAGAAAAGAAUACACCAUUGAGACCACUGGUACCGAUAGUUGCCGAAUUUUGCCCGCGUAUUGAAUCUGCACACGCCGAUGGUCCGCUUAUAGUUGGCUACACUAAUCCACAAUACAAAGUAAUAACAUCAGCGACUAUGAAAUUACGCGCUGGCUCUCGUGCUGAUAGUUGUUGUGGUUUAAGCAAUGGAAGUAUUGUCUUGUUGCAAAAUAUUGCUUAUUGUCCAAAACGACAAAUUUUAGUAAUUAUUGGCAACGAGUUUUUAAAAAAAGAGAACCUCUUUUCUGUACCGUGUGAGUCUUCAAAUAUUGGUGUCUUCUUAGUCUAUGAAUUGUCGGAUUUGAAAGCGUGGCCAUUAAGAAGUGUUAUCAAGAAAUACGUGAAAAUACCGAUUUCAAACAAAUUUGCAGUAUUUCCACUACUACAUAUAAAUUAAAUUAUUCAAUAUUAUUUUGUAACAGGAGAUAAUGACCACUUUACAAACCUACGUCAUUGCUGAGUUUGACGACGGCAUUCAGAUAAUUCCUAAUUUGUGGAUCAAUGAUGACGUAACAAAAGUUCGCUGGCCAUCGUUCUCCUCACAAAAACGAUUUGAUAAAGCAGUCAAAGAAAUAGAAGAAUGGCAAGAGUCAUGGUCUGAAUUCCCAUUAAAGAAAAUUUUAGGAAGCACGUCAUCGUACGACAAAGCUCGGCAGAAAUUGAAAGAUGCUGAAAUUUUCUCAGAUAUACCUUCGGGUUCAGAUAGAGAUGAAAUUUUGAAACGUACGAGGAAAACCAGGGCUAAGUAUGUUCAAAGUAACGACGAAGAAACCGAAUCAGAAGACGAGCAAGUAGUAAAGGUUCCGCACUUUCCUAAAUUUCCAGAAAGGAGUUGCACGAAAGAAAUAAAAACUAAUAAAAUAAAAAAAGGAAAUGGAGUAGCUUCUUUUAAAUUGUGUAAGGAAAACAUACCAAUGCGUACUAAGUUGUCUUCCAAAUUCCAAAAGAACAGCGAGACAGAAAAUGGAGGAAAACUUGUAGAAGUAGUGAAGAAAGUUAAGAAUAAUAUGCCAAAUACACCAAAAUCCGAUUCUGAGAUGAGCGAUCUUGUAGAAGUAGUGAAGAAAGUUAAGAAUAAUAAUGUGCCAAAUACUCCAAAAUCCGAUUCUGAGAUGAGUGAUUCUCAUCAAACUUCAGGAACCGACGAACUUGUUGAAUCAUUGAAGGAAUCUAGUGUUAUCGGCACAGGGAAAGAACUAUUGCAAGGCGGUGCUGUACAAUCAAAAAAUGCAGGAUCAAAUUUUCAACAUAAAUUCUGGGAUGCGCCAACCAAUUCUUCAACAAAUGAGGAUUAUUACCGAUUCAUCGUUCGGAAAUUAAUUUCUCUGAAUCUGGAAAUAAAAGCUCUAAGGGAAGGGCAAGAGAAAAUUCUAAAAAAAUUGGAUUCCUUUUCGGAACAAAAAAUUCGCCAACCUGAAAGCCCCGAAGAAGUCGAAACUAUCGACAUUUGGCACAAUCUUCCAUUGAAAGAUGAAAGGGCUCUACAAGAAUUAGAAGUGAAGCUUAAGGAGGAUGAAAAAUAUAGGAAAAAAUUGAUUAAGGAGUUGGCAAACAUAGGAGGUCGAGAUAUGAAAAAUUUUGCUUUAAAAAUAAUGCGGCAAACAUUUACAAACGAACUCGCCGUUAAGUAUAGUUGGGUCGGAGGCAAAAAGAAAAAUGUAUUUGUAGACUUAAUGAUAUGCAAAGUUAUACUAAGUGCGCUGAGAAAACAUUAUAACAUGACAGAGGAAGAACUAUCAGCUCCAAUAAAAAUUUGGCUCGCUCACGCCAAAGAGCGAUGCUCGAAAGUUCCGCUAAACGCGCAGAAUUAAUUUUCUGUUUAUUAUUUAUUUGUUUCUUCCACUUUAUUUCAAUUAUUU